UCCCUAUCUAUUAUUCAGAAUAUUUUCGCAUAUUUAUUGCCAAAUCAAUUAUUUCAGCUCAAUAAAAGCACAGUUUUAUAAAAUAAAUUGAUUUGAACGGUCGAGCGCAAUCAAUUAUCGUUUAAAGCAUUGGAUUUAAAAUUGAUUGGGAAAGAGUAACGAAAAAGUGUAAAUUUGAAAGUUCUAAAUAAACUUCUCGAAUGUUACAGCGAAUUUUGAGGCAUCAGUAGAUUGCGUGGCAAGGUCGAAGUAGAUUUUCAAUAGAUGUUUGUGGAGACAAAUUUAACUUCGACUACAAAGCUUUUCAGUUAACAUGACUUUGAGAUCCGUUUAUUUCGUGCAUAUAUUAAUUUCCGCACUUAUAUUGACUGAUAUUGGAAUCUCAGCGAUCGAAGAAGGCGAUUCCUUCACAUUACUCUUUGGAAGCGAGAGAUUAUUGGAAAAUUUACUCCAUGAAGUCACCAGUAUUAAAAGUCUUAUCGGGGAAAGCCAACGAAGGUGAUAGAAGCAGCUACGGGAACGUUUCAUAAUUUUCCAAAUUCUUUACAAAACGUUGCGUCACUCAUACUUUCCUUAACAAAUAGAACCAUGUUUUCAUCUCAACACCCUACUUGAGGAUAAUCGGAAUAUUCGAAACAUUGUCAUCACAAUUGAACGCGAUCUCAGCAGACAAAAUCAGGAAACGAGGAUGAGAAUGGAAAAAUUUAUUAGCGAGGAACUGGAAACUCAUAAAAUAAGACAGCAAUGGAUUGACCUAGAAACAAUCGAACACGCAAUGAAGCCACAACGGGAUUGGUUUACUAAAGAAAUCCAACUGUUCGAGUGGAAGUUACUGAACAAAAUACAAGACAACCAGCAACUUCGGAAUGCUCAACAGAACAUGAAUGAAAAGACACAGUACGAAAAACUUGAGACACAAAUAAAAGAAUUUGCUGAGCAAUUGAAACAAACGACUGCCAGUUUCGAACAAGCACACAACGAAAUAAAACAUUCCUUUAACCAAUCGAAUGAGAUAUUGACGGUUGGUUCACCAAAGACAGAAAAUCCAGAUGACUUUUCAUAUCAAGCCUUUUUGCCAAGCGCUACUGCCGAAGUAGUAAAAGUUAACUCAAAGCCGUUAGGUAAGCGUUCAGCUUCCUGCGAUGAAGCAAUCAAUUCCAAUACAGUGGAAAAAAACGGUGGUGUUUACGCUUUAGAAAUAACUGAACGCAGCCUAACUAUGCCGGCCUAUUGUUUACCUGAUCCAAAUAAAGGUAAAGCUUGGCUUGUCAUACAACGUCGUAUCGAUGAAACGUUAUCAUUCGAUCUAGAAUGGAAUGAGUACAAGAAUGGUUUCGGCAAUUUAAAUGGUAACUUCUUUAUUGGUCUUGAAGCUAUACACAAAAUGAUGCUACCAAAUAAAAAUACCGAAUUAUGGAUACAAUUGGGUAUAAGCACUGGAGAAAGUCCAUAUGAAUUCUAUAAGGAUUUUGUUAUAUCCAGUGAGAACGCGAAGUAUCAGUUGAUGUCUGUGCAUGGAGCAGAAGGUACGGCAGGGGACGAACUUACAUCUCUCACAGGUCAAGUAUUCAUUCAUAAGUAUAUUCACACUAUGCUUUGGAAAACUUGCGCUAAGCGACUGUUAACUGGUUGGUGGUACCCAGCAGAUGGAAUUUCAUGCGGUACUGGAAACUUGAAUCGUAACUUCAAAUACAUCACUUGGGGUGAUUGGAACCAUAUAAUUUAUACGCAUAUGGCAAUAAGACACACUGAUAAGCCCGUGAAAAAUACCUAAGCACAAUGGGACUGAUGAGCUACAAAUAAACACAUUCGGCAUGUAAUGGAAAGUAUUUGGCACAUAUUUUUGGAGUUUAACAACACGGAAAGCAAAACAAGAAAAUAGGAUAAAUAAGUAAAUGCACACGUAUACACAUAUAUAUCUACACACAUAUAAGGUGGCACAACAUUAAUCAUCCAAUUUUGUUUUCUAAUAACUUGAAUACUAAAUAAAUAACAAAAAUUGAUUUUGAGUGAUGGAAGUCUUGA